AUGGUUGCCAAGGCCAAGAAGGUUGCUUAUUUCGCGCAUCUCGAGGAGGCGCUCAACUCGUACGCGCGGGCGUGCAUCGUCGACUUUGACUUCGUCGGCUCGAAGCAGGUCAGCGACAUUCGCGUCGCCCUGCGCGGCAAGGCUGAGCUGAUCCACGGCAAGAACACGAUGAUCCGCAAGUGCAUCCGUGACAUGGUUGCGCGCGAGGAGGAGCCGCGCGAGGACUGGGAGUCGAUCGUCAACGCCAUAAAGAGGAGCGCAGAUUAA